AGAGGGAGAGAGGAAGCUUGGGAUGCACUAGAUAGAUAGUCAGCUUUGAGGUGGGAGGAUCAGAGGAUCUCUCUCUGUCUCUCUCGCCGCCUCUCUCUGCUGUUUUCAGUAUUCCUGCAGAGCUGGGACUGUGACUGUGUGUGUGUGUGUGUGUGUGUGUGUGUGCGGACGGCUGUGAGUGAGCUCGUCUGCCCUUGCUGGAAAGUCACCUGGCGGAUAUUUCUUCUCCUUUUUCUUUUUCUUUUUUUUUCCUUCACUACCGUCAUUCCUUCGAACUCCUCCGUUCUCUCCAGACCUGGAGCCUCUGUCGUCGUCGCCGCCGCUUGUCCCCGCGCUGACGAGUGUUUAGUCUGAGGGACCCGCCGGCCAGCGCGACUGCGGUGGGGGAGCGGUGGAGCUCGCGUGCCCCCCCCCCCCCCCCUUCUCUCUGGACGAGGGGCUCUUUUGGGAUCGGAUAGUUUGAGCAAGGUGCCCUCGGGGCGGGCGAGGCAAGCAUGGCGCACGCGGCCGCCCACAUCAAGAAGGCGCGGGUGGAGAUGGAGCAGCAGGCGCCGGACCUGAAGGCGCUGGAAAAGGCCCGCGCCAGGCGCCAGCGCUCACGGGAGCGGGCCGAGCGCAAACGCAAGUCGGAUAGCAAUACCAGCUUCCUGAGGGCGGCAAGGGCGGGGAACAUCGACAAAGUGCUGGAGUUCCUGAAGGGGGGUGUGGACAUCAGUACCUGCAACCAGAAUGGGCUCAACGCGCUACACUUGGCGGCCAAAGAGGGACACGUGGAUUUGGUCCAGGAGCUCCUGGAGAGGGGUGCUUCGGUGGACUCGGCCACUAAGAAAGGGAACACAGCUCUCCACAUCGCUUCGCUAGCGGGACAGGGGGACGUGGUGAAGAUCCUGGUGAAGCGUGGAGCUGAUAUCAACUCCCAAUCCCAGAAUGGCUUCACUCCACUGUACAUGGCCUCCCAGGAGAACCAUCUGGAGGUGGUCCGAUACCUACUGGAGAACGGAGGAAACCAGAGCACAGCCACAGAGGACGGCUUCACACCCCUGGCCAUCGCUCUCCAGCAGGGCCACAACCAGGUGGUGUCCCUCCUCCUGGAGCACGACACCAAGGGCAAGGUGCGCCUGCCCGCCCUCCACAUCGCCGCCCGCAAGGACGACACCAAGUCCGCUGCCCUCCUCCUGCAGAACGACCACAACGCAGACGUCCAGUCCAAGAUGAUGGUCAAUAGGACUACUGAGAACGGAAAGAGUGGCUUUACGCCCUUGCACAUUGCUGCUCACUAUGGCAACGUAAACGUGGCGACGCUGCUGCUUAACCGAGGCGCAGCUGUGGACUUCUUUGCCCGGAACGGCAUCACCCCCCUGCACGUGGCCUCCAAGCGUGGGAACACCAACAUGGUCCGCCUGCUCCUGGACAGAGGGGCUCAGAUCGACGCCAAAACACGGGAUGGGCUGACCCCGCUGCACUGCGCGGCGAGGAGCGGGCACGACACAGCCGUGGAGCUGCUUCUGGAGAGAGGAGCACCCAUGCUGGCCCGAACCAAGAAUGGGCUCUCCCCGCUGCAUAUGGCGGCGCAAGGCGACCACGUGGAAUGCGUGAAGCACCUGCUGCAGCACAAGGCGCCGGUGGAUGACGUCACGCUGGACUACCUGACGGCGCUGCAUGUGGCGGCCCACUGUGGCCACUACAGGGUCACCAAGCUGCUGCUGGACAAGAGGGCCAACCCCAAUGCCCGUGCGCUGAACGGCUUCACCCCUCUGCAUAUCGCCUGUAAGAAGAACAGGGUGAAGGUAAUGGAGCUGCUGGUGAAGUACGGAGCCUCCAUCCAGGCCAUCACUGAGUCUGGCCUUACACCUAUCCACGUGGCAGCGUUCAUGGGUCACCUGAACAUCGUGCUGCUGCUACUGCAGAACGGAGCGUCUCCUGAUGUCAGCAACAUCCGCGGGGAGACGGCCUUGCACAUGGCGGCACGAGCCGGACAGGUGGAAGUGGUCCGCUGCCUGUUGAGGAACGGAGCCAUGGUGGACGCCAGAGCUAGGGAGGACCAGACUCCGCUCCACAUCGCGUCCCGGCUGGGCAAGACGGAGAUCGUGCAGCUGCUGCUGCAGCACAUGGCCCACCCGGACGCGGCCACCACCAACGGCUACACGCCACUGCACAUCUCGGCCCGCGAGGGACACGUGGAAGUGGCGUCCGUGCUGCUGGAGGCCGGGGCCUCGCACUCGCUGGCCACCAAGAAAGGGUUCACUCCUUUACAUGUGGCAUCAAAGUAUGGAAGCCUGGAUGUGGCAAAACUCUUGUUGCAGCGGCGUGCACCCCCUGAUUCUUCUGGCAAAAAUGGCCUCACCCCCCUCCAUGUUGCAGCGCAUUAUGAUAACCAGAAGGUGGCGCUCCUGCUUUUGGACAAAGGGGCCUCUCCCCAUGCCACAGCCAAGAACGGCUACACUCCCCUCCACAUCGCCGCCAAGAAGAACCAGAUGGAUAUCGCCACCACGCUUCUGCAGUUUGGGGCCGAGACCAACAUCCUGACCAAGCAGGGCGUGACUCCACUGCACCUGGCCUCCCAGGAGGGUCACAGCGACAUGGCCGCCCUGCUCCUGCAGAAGGGGGCCCAUGUCAACGUGGCUACCAAGAGUGGACUCACCUCCCUGCAUCUGGCUGCCCAGGAAGACAAAGUAGGCGCGGGGGAGAUUCUGGCUCAAAAUGGUGCCAACCUCGACCAGCAAACCAAAUUGGGAUACACACCUCUGAUUGUGGCGUGCCACUAUGGGAAUGCCAAGAUGGUUAACUUCUUGCUGAAAAGCGGUGCCAGUGUGAACGCCAAUACCAAGAGUGGAUACACUCCACUCCAUCAGGCAGCACAGCAGGGGAACACACACAUCAUCAACGUACUACUCCAGUUUGGAGCCAAGCCCAGUGCCAUCACUAUGAAUGGGAACACAGCUCUUGCAAUCGCCCGUCGCCUUGGCUAUAUCUCGGUUGUGGACACACUUCGAGUGGUCACUGAAGAAAUCAUCACCUCGACAACGACGGUGACGGAGAAGCACAAGCUGAACGUGCCCGAGACCAUGACUGAAGUUCUGGACGUCUCAGACGAGGAAGAGCUCAGGUUUAAACCUGAUGAUGAUGUGCUCUCAGACGACUCCAUGGACCUGGAAGGUGACGACACCAUGACCGGAGAUGGAGGAGAGUACCUGCGAGCCGAGGACCUGCGAGAGCUGGGAGACGACUCUCUUCCGGGUCACUACCUGGACGGCAUGAACUACCUGCGCUACAGUAUGGAAGGAUCUGGUCGAUCUGAAGGUCACUUGCACAGUUCUGAAAGGUCUUACACACCAAGUCACCAUAGCUACUACUCUCCCAAGCAUGAUGGGAUGUUGGAGGACACACUCACCAGUCACCAGGUGUCCUCUCUGGGCAGAAGCAGUGAGAAGGACGCCUACAGGCUGAGCUGGGGAAAUGAGAACCUGGACAAUGUGGCCCUCUCGUCCAGUCCUGUCCACUCAGGCCGUUCCACCCCGUGCCAUGAUCAUGACAGCAGCAGCUUCCUGGUCAGCUUCAUGGUGGACGCACGCGGUGGAGCCAUGCGCGGUUGCCGUCAUAAUGGCCUGCGCAUCAUCAUCCCGCCCAAGAAGUGUGGUGCGCCCACACGGGUCACCUGCCGUCUGGUGAAACGCCACCGUCUGGCCACCAUGCCGCCCAUGGUAGAGGGCGAAGGCCUCGCCAGCCGCCUCAUAGAGGUGGGGCCCUCCGGAGCCCAGUUCCUCGGUAAACUGCACCUGCCCACUGCCCCUCCCCCACUCAAUGAGGGCGAGAGUUUGGUUAGCCGCAUCCUGCAGCUCGGCCCUCCAGGAACAAAAUUUCUUGGGCCGGUCAUCGUGGAGAUCCCCCACUUCGCGGCGCUCCGGGGGAAGGAGCGGGAGCUGGUCAUCCUGCGUAGCGAGACGGGCGAGAGCUGGAAGGAGCACCACUGCGAGUUCACAGAGGAGGAGCUCAACCAGAUCCUCAAUGGCAUGGACGAGGAGCUUGACCCCCCUGAGGAGCUGGAAAGGAAGCGCAUCUGCCGCAUCAUCACCAGAGAUUUCCCACAGUACUUUGCUGUGGUGUCCCGCAUCAAGCAGGACAACAAUCUGAUCGGGCCUGAGGGUGGGAUCCUGAGCAGCACCGUGGUGCCACAGGUCCAGGCCGUCUUCCCAGAGGGGGCCCUCACCAAGAGGAUCCGCGUCAGCCUACAGGCCCAGCCAAUGCAUGAGGACACAGUGCGCAAGAUCCUGGGGAACAAGGCCACAUUCAGCCCCAUCGUCACGCUAGAACCCAGACGCCGGAAGUUCCACAAACCAAUCACCAUGACGAUCCCCAUCCCCAAGAGUUCUACUGACCCGGUGCUGAACGGGUUUGGAGGAGACACGCCCACUUUACGACUCCUAUGCAGCAUCACAGGUGGAACUACACCAGCACAGUGGGAGGACAUCACAGGAACAACACCUUUAACAUUUAUCAACGACUGUGUGUCCUUCACAACUAACGUCUCAGCCAGGUUCUGGUUGAUAGACUGCAGGCAAGUCCAGGAGUCGGUUAACUUCUCCUCACAGGUGUACCGGGAGAUCAUAUGUGUUCCCUACAUGGCCAAAUUUGUCAUUUUCGCCAAAACGCACGACCCUAUCGAGGCACGCCUGCGCUGUUUCUGCAUGACAGACGACAAGAUUGACAAGACGCUGGAGCAGCAGGAGAACUUUGUGGAGGUGGCCCGAAGCCGAGACGUGGAGGUACUGGAGGGGAAGCCUAUCUAUGCAGACUGCUUUGGAAACCUGGUUCCCUUGACCAAAAGUGGCCAGCACCAUCUUCUCAGUUUCUAUGCCUUCAAAGAGAAUAGACUAGCGCUCUUCAUUAAAAUUCGAGAUAAUACACAGGAGCCCUGCGGACGACUAUCCUUCAUGAAAGAGCCACGGACAUAUAGAACACUAGCCCAUAAUGCUAUAUGCAAUCUCAAUAUCACACUCCCAUCCUACUCAAAGGAAUCAGAUUCAGACCAAGAGGCUGAGGAGGAGACCACCCGAUCGCAAGGAAAAUAUGAUGAAGAAACCUCUACUGAGACAUCUACCCUGAAAGCUCAUUUGAUCAGAGACUCAACUGUGCUUGCGAGUCCCGACUUGCUCUCCGAGGUGUCAGAGAUGAAGCAAGACUUGAUCAAAAUGACUGCUAUUCUGACCACUGACUCAGCCGACAAAUCCACUUCUCUUGAGGGGAGAGGUCUUGAAAAAGGGGUGGAGGAGGUGUCGGGCGAGCCUUUUGAGAUAAUGGAAAAAGUCAAAGAAGACUUGGAGAAAGUCAGUGAGAUUCUUCGCAGUGGGACUUAUGAGGGUGAACUGGCCGCAGCAUCUGAAAUGUCAGAGAGUUUUCCACCAAAAAAAGACGAGGAAUGGGUUCUUCUCUCAGACAGUGAAAUCGAAGAGGCCAAAAAGAUGGCCGCUCUCCAGCCACAAGAACCUGUCAUGCGGGAGGGUCGGGCCAAUCGGGGGGCUCCAAGACCAAAAGGUGUGGCAGACUUGUCAGGCAUGGUUCCACACCUAACAGGUGACCCAAAGGAGUACCUCCUGGAUUUGCCCAAGAGCGCUGCUAAAUCGUCAGAGGGUGAAAAACAAGAAAAACUGUCCAAAGGCACCAAACCGUCUGCCAUCCCCACAGCAAAGAAAGACACAAAAAUCCCUGUAGCAGAAGUAAAGAAACCAACCAGACGGAAAGGUCCACAAACUCACACAGAUGAAUCCAGUACUUCUUCCCCUAAGAAAGAAACUGACAAGGGACUUAAAGUGGGAGCUCAGGAGGGAGACAGCCAUCUUAGUGCCCCUGCCCCACAAAAGAAAUCACCUGUUUCACCUGUAGUUGAAGAGACACCAAUAGGGUCCAUUAAAGACAAAGUGAAAGCCCUUCAACAAAAGGUUGAGGCUGAGCAAAAACAUCUUAAGCAGCCAGCAUCUAGUAAACCAACACUAGGAGGUAAAGACAGCAAACCAUCUGCAGUGCCCAAAGAGACAGGCAAAAAACAACAGGCCCCACCCAAGUCUCCAAAAUCUGAAUCAGAAAAGCUUGAAGAGACUAUGUCAGUAAAAGAAUUAAUGAGAGCUUUCCAGACAGGGCAAGACCCUUCAAAGAGAAAGUCUGGGCUCUUUGAGCUAAAAUCAUCUAGUACUAAAACAGAAACACAGGAAAAAGGAAAAAUAGAAUCAUUAGAAACACAACCUCAGUCUCCCACUCAAAAAGUUGGGUCAGGUUUUUCACAGGGACGUGAAAUAUCCCUGGAUUCUUUACUUCCAGAGGCAAAACAAGGGGAUAGUGACAUUCAAAUUAGCCCAGACAGAAAGCACUCAACCGACUUUAGCUCAGACAUAAAAGCUGAACUUGAGGACAAUGCUCAGUACCAACAGUUUAAAACACUAGCAGAACAGAGUGCCAGCACAUCAUCUGCUUUAACUAUAGGGCCCACCACUGGAACAGACAUGUCUACUACGCUACCUCCUGAGCUGAGAAAAGUCAGAAGUGAAUUCCGGCCUGACAGUUCAAUUGAGAAUGGUGCGAUGGAGGACAGUUCUGAUAGCCUGAAACACGAGGGUAUAGCAGAGUCUCCAAGCGCCAGUGUGGGUUCUGGAGAGCAACAGAUGAGUUCUGAAGAGAGUUACAAACAUGAGGGCCUGGCUGAAACUCCACACACAAGCCCAGACAGCCCCUCUCUGUUCCUUCAAAAAAGUGAAGAGCCCUUGCAGACCACAAAGAAAGGUGCCACCGCCAUCCCAGUUAAACAGCAUGAGAAAACCACGCAACGUCCCUCCAAAGACAAGUUUGGGGCAUCUAUAGAAGACUCGGCUUCUUCGGGCACAAGUGAGUCCAAGUCCACUGCAAAGGUCAAGGCAGUUAAAUUUGGUGAUGAAAAGGCCCCUCUUGCUAAGGAGAUUAUCAGUGCAUCAGCCAGACCACCAAAAUCUCGAAAGCUUACAAAGAUGGGCUCUGAAACCAUAGAAGGUUUUCUAAGUGAUGAGGAAUCCCCUGAUGGUCAUCCAGAACCAGCUUCGAUUGACACUUUGGCCACAAGGGCAUGCACACAUCAGGAUAGCCUAGAUCUGCCUCUCAGACAUCGAGAGUCAGACUCUCUCAGCCCCGUAGCUGAUGACUCCUUGACCUUUAGUCACAGAGACUCUUUAGAGACUAGUCCCAACAUGGAAGAUAACUCCUCCCAUAGAACUCCAGACUCCAUUGAGCCCAGCCCAACAAAGGAAUCUCCCUGUCAUGACUCCUUAGAAAGUAGCCCCGUAGAGCAGAAAACCAACCUGUCUUUCCCUCCUGUGGUAGAUGAACUCAGUGUGCCAACAGGGCAAGAGCAACCCUCAAGAGCCCCUGACUUCCCCCUAGACAAUUUGCGUAGUAGACUCCUCAGAGACCAGGAAGCCAGUGCCGAGGAUGACAGUUCUGAAAAGACGUCCCAAAUGGAAAGUUCGGGUAAGAGCCCCCUCUCCCCUGACACCCCAAGUUCUGAAGAGGUAAGUUAUGAGGUGAACCCCAAAACCCCUGACCCCAUGACCCUUUCUGUUACCCUAAAUCCACCCAUUCCUGAGGAGGCAGAGGAUUAUGAGGCGGAGAGUGGCGAGACUCAAAGGAAAUUCACACCAGAGGAAGAAAUGUUUAAAAUGGCUGCCAAAAUAAAAACAUUCGAUGAAAUGGAGCAGGAUGCGAGAGGCAAAAAGGACAAUAGAAAAGAUAUCAGAUCCGCUCAGUCAGCAGUAGUGUCUGAAGCAGGACAUGACAGCACCAAACAAAUUGGACUAGUGUCCAAAGAUCAGACACCAUCAGGGGAUGGCCUUGAGCACACUGAUCCUGUACUGGGCUCAGUGGUAGCUCUGUGUGUUGAACCCAAUAUUAAAGUACAACCUCCCUCUCCUUUUUCAGCAGGUGUAAAGGCUGAAGAUGUUCACCAAAUGGACACCCACAGUACAACGGCAUCAGCCAAAGCAGUUGAGGGGGGGCCUCAGUCUGUCUCAGAACAACACAUCACAAAUGCUCAAGCAUCUCUCCCUGCCAAAGUUUGUACUGAACCUCUUCAGGUAGUACAGUCCCUUAAGGUGUCUCCAUCCUCAUCUGAGGGGGCUGCUAAUAUAACAGAUGAACAAAAGGAAGCAUGUUUGAGAAAAUCGAGAGAAAUUAAGGAUGAUGAUGGCAGAGGAGUAGUACAGGUGACAGAUCUUCUUGAGCGUGACAGUGCUAAAGCACCAUGCCAAGCAGAAAGAAAUAUAACAGAUGAGGUGAAGGGUGAUCACAUGAAACAUUCAGGGGCAUCUGACAUAGGUGUAGAUAGAGUAGAUGCCUCCAUUGUUAUUGGACAUGGGGGGGAAACAUUCAAACCGGAAGUGUGCAUUUAUGAUGAUACCGAGGACUAUGAAGAAGAGGAGGAACGUCCAAAAACAGAAUCAAAGGGAGUCACAGCAAGAUCAGAAAUGGACCCCUGGAGCACAAUGCGGGAGGAUGAUGAUGCUUUUGCAGCCAGGGUAAAAGAAGAAGAGCAAAAAAUCCUGAGUCUAGCAGUUGAACGCCAGUCCCAGGCUGCAACGCCUGACACAACUCCUGGGAGGACACCCACAGAGGAUGGAACACCGACUAGUGAACCAAAUCCUUUUCUCUUUCAAGAAGGCAAGCUUUUCGAAAUGACCAGAAGUGGUGCUAUUGACAUGACUAAAAGGAGCUAUGAGGAGGAAGGGUUUGCUUUCUUCCAGAUAGGGGAACAGCCUAUUGAAGAGGCAGUUGCAGAGGAGGCCAGGGAAGAGGCUGCUGCAGAGCCCACUGCAACUGACGCUGAGGUUGGUAUGAACUUAACCCUUCAAAUAAAACCAGAAGAGGAAGAUAAACCAUCCAAGGACACUACUGAUUCCUCUCAACCUUCUUCAGUAGACGAUGAUCAGGCAGGUUCUAAGUCAGAUGCCUCAAAAUCUAGAAUUCCCAUUAAAAUGGGCUUGUCUGUAUCAACAAAAACUUUAAAGACAGAUUCAAUCACACCCGACGCAGUAGAACCCAAGUUUGAAAAGGUUGCUGAGGAAACCCUUGUAGCAGUUGAUCUCAGUUCCCCUGAUCAAAUUAUUGCCAAUGUUCAGACAGCUGUCACCACAGUAACUAGGUCAGUGUAUUCCCAACAGGACCAAGAAUCUUCUGAUUCCUCACCAGAGGAUCAGCACUCAGUAAUUGAACUCCCUAAAUCUCCCGAAAAGCCCACCCCUUCCCCAAGUAGUGAAAAGUUAUCAAAGGGUUCAGCCAAAUCUGGCUCAGGAAAAGUAGGUGCUGCAGCAAGAAAAGACACUCCUUCAGCUGAGAGUCCCAAAUCAAGAAUACCUGUUAAGGCCAGCUCUAUAAAGUCGGAUAGUACAUCAGAGUCCUCAGUCAGGCGAGCUGAAUCACUCAAAGACAAAAAGUCAAAGCUGCCAGCAAAACCUGAAACUAGGAGAAAAUCUGAGACAGAUACAGGUCCCUCCACUGGUUCCAGAAUCAAGAAGUCUUCCACAACUACACGCUCUGUUGAGAGUGACUUGACAAAAAAGCCAACAAAAAAGGACCAAGGUCGCCCAGCUAGUAGUGAAUCAUCCACCAAACCCAAGACAUUUCAGUCCAGAUUGCCAGUUAGAGGCAAGCCAUCACAAACAUCUACACCAGACAAAGAGACCAAAAAAGAGCAUCCCCAAGAGUCUCCCAAGCAGUCUCUAGAGUUUUUUUCAGAGAUAAGUGAUGAAGCAGCAAAAGUUGUAGAGAGAUUGGCACAAGCAGAGAGGGAGCAGGAGAAAGUGGAUGAUCUGGAGGCGUCUGCCAUGUCUGAUGACGAAAGCAGCACCAUAGACACUUCUGUCAUAGAGGUGGAUGCUUUCCCUGACAUACACUUGCCACUUCCCGAAGGCGUCUUUGUCGUUAGACCACGCUGGGAUGACACCAUCGAGACGCAGAUGGAAAGAAUCCCUGACGAUAAACCCCAAGCCCGAAGUCAAGUAGAUCCACAGGAGGAGGCAGAGAGAAAAGAGUCACGGUUGGCAGUCAUUGCCGACCAUCUUGGCUUCAGCUGGACAGAAUUGGCACGUGAGCUGGAAUUUAGUGAGGAGCACAUUCAUCAAAUAAGAACUGAGAACCCAAAUUCACUGCAAGACCAAAGCCAUGCGCUAAUUAAAUAUUGGACUGAAAGGGAGAGCAAGAAUGCUACAGAGAAUGUUUUGAUUAUGAAGCUAACCAAGAUAAACCGAAUGGACAUAGUGCAUCUCAUUGAAACAAAAAUUAUCAAGUCCAGUAUGGAGUCAUCACACACCUAUGCAGAAAUAGAGCAUACCAUAUCACUUGAUCACAGUGAAGGAUUCUCUGCCCUUCAUGAAGACAUUGACAGUCCAAGGCCAGGAAGACGGACAGAAGCAGCCACACUGAGGCCAGGGUCUGGUCAGCAGCCCCCAGUAGUGUCAACUGAGGACCUCUCUUCCAGCCUGUCCUCCCUCCAUGACGCAUCAGCACGGGCAGAUGCAGACGUAUCAGUGACGGAACUCUUGAGACACACGCAGAAAGAGAAAGUGCAAGCAGACCUGAAGAGCGGACAAGACACUCUGGGAUUUGAAGUUACAACAAUGCCUGGAUCUGGACACCUAGGCACUGUCAAACAUGGUGAUGAGAUGCCGGAUAUUCCUCCCCAGUCUGUGACCGAGGAGCAGUAUACUGAUGAACAUGGAAACCUGGUGGUGAAGAAGAUCACGAGGAAGGUGAUUCGUAAGUACACAUCAGCUGAUGGAGUGGAACGAGAGGAGAUGACCAUCGAGGGGUCGCCGCAGGAGACCAUCACAGUGGACGACGCUGAUGGCUUCUCCAAAGUAGUGAAGAGGACCGUGGUACGGAGCGAGGGAGAUCAUAGGGAGGUGAGCGUCACCGAGCCGCUAGCAUUGGGCACGGCCACAGCCUCGGAAUUCGAGGCCGAGCCUGUCCAGGGUCGGAAAGUCAGCCGGGUGGUCAAGACCAUGGUGCUGAAGGGCGAGCGGAUGGAGAAGCAGAUCGGUGACCCCUCGCUGGCAGCGGAUCUCCCCUCGGCCAAAGAUGACUUUGAAAAGGCUAUGAGUUACGCUGGGGGAUUUGGGAAAGUGCUUCUGCCUCAUUUAGUAGAGAAGGAGGUUGUGAAGGAAGAUGGAUCAGUGGUGAAAAGGACCCGGAUGCGUAAGACAUGCACGCAGAAGAGGACUGUGAUGAGGGACGGCCAGAGCAAGCACACUCACCUGGAGCGCCUGGAGGACAUCCCUGAAGCCCUGCGCCCUGACCACCUGCAGCAACACCUGCGUCUGCUCCUCCAGAGCUACUGCGACAAGCGAGAGGAAGCAGAGAAGGGCGAGGAGGAGGCGGAGGAGGAGGAAGAGAAGGAGGGUCGGCAGAAAAAGAGGGAGGAAGAGGAGGAGGUGGUGGAGAAGGAGGAGAAGAGGAAAGAAAAGAAGAAAUGAUGGUGUUGCUGCUCAUUCACCAUUUCACUCUGGUUGUGUUUUUGUGGCUCCUCCUCUUCUUCCUGUAUCUCUGCUCUGGAAUACCCUUCCCCAGAAUGCACUGCUGAUUCUCGCCACCUUGCUCUUCCUCUCUGUGACCCUCAGCGCCUUUGCUCCACAAAUCCUGGAAUGUUUUCAUUCAUUUUUUGGUUUCUUUGAUUACGUAACUCCCCUCCCACCACACCCCCUUGUGGCAACUGAUAGAACACUCUUUUCCAUUGUUUUUAUGCUUUAAUGCAUUUUGUUUUUAUUUUGUUUUGAUUUGCUAAUUUUGUGACCAAAGAAAGCUUAUCCUGUGUUGUCUGCCGACUUAACCAAGACAAACAUAGUUACCUUUUUGCCGUGCUCUUUUCAUACUUUUGGCUGCUGUGUUCUGACAAACAAAAAGGAAAAAAAAUCAAACGGAGGGAUGAGAAAAGCAACAGGAAGACAAGCGCAAGGGUCAACCGGGAGGCCGAAGCUCAUGCACAGUCCUAUUUGCCGUCGGACAUUUGAAUCUGAGGAGGAGACAUUGCAAAAGGGGGGGGGGGGGGGCUCCACUGAAACUCACUGCACUGCUUCCCAUACCUGCUGUACACACAUGCAACCAUGCGCCAGCUAACGCCCCCCCCCCCCCCAUGAAGCUCAGCACCCAUGGAUCACACGACUUCAAAACACGAUACCUCCUUUUCCUCCCCCAUCAGCUGUUAGAGGAACCUGUCGUAACAAGUACAAACCUACUCUAACCAGAACCAACAGACUGGGAUGUGUUAGUCCGUGUGUAUGGUGGCAAGGCCCUCUUGUACAGUGUGAGGUGUGGAUUUAGAGGACUGAUUGGGAAGGAGAUUGAAUGUGCUAGUGUGUGCUGUAUCAUGACCCGUAAACGAGUACUCUGCCUCACUAUAAGUAUGGGGUGACGUCAUACCACUGCUUGCCAAGUUAGAGUGUGUUGUGUCCUUUUGAAUGUGUCUGCAAAUCAGAAUCUCCUUGUUUUCCCCAUCUGAGUCUGGGUAUCGGAGAGAGAAAAACGUCUGGUAUCACAGAAUCCAAAGCCUUUCACACCUGGUUUGUACAGUCCCAUCCUGUCCAGCUUGUCCAGUCUGAUUGUCCACUUUUUUCUGUGUGUCUGUGUCAUUUCUUUGUGUGUGUUGUCACAUUCUUCAGAGCAAAGAGAUAUACAGUAUCUGCAUGUCUGUCUCUGUGUGUGUGUGUGUGUGUGUGUGUGUGCGUGUGUAUGUGUGUGUUUGUUGUGAGUGAGAGUGGGGUCGCGCACACUGUGCUUUUUCACCUCACGGACACUGCAACCCCCACCCCCUACCCUGAAUGAAAAUAGUAAUCAUGAAUGUUUAAGGUUUGAUUUUCUUUUCUUUUUUCAAUCAUUUGUGCACUGUAUGUAAGCUCACGACAUCCCCAGAAACCAUCUAAUAUACAAGCUUCUUCAUCACCUUUCCCAACUGACACACACAACCACAAACACACACACACACACCUCAUCUCACAUCUUCUCUCUUGAGCUGAUGAAUUUGGUUCCAAUGUCCCUGGACAAAACCCCGAUUGUCCUCAUAAGCAUUGACCAGGCCUCCUCUAACUGUUUGUGGUGGAAGGAGAGAGCGAAUGUGAUUCAGUUGUUUUUUGUUUGAUUUUUUUUUGUCCUUUAUUGUUGUUGCAAAUGUUGUAAAAUAAAAGCGUGAUACCUCUCA